GCGCGCGGGCGGGGCCGCCGGCGGCUGUGCAGUGCGGCGGCGCGGGAGGGAGGCGGUUAAACCGCCCGGGCGGCGGGGCCGGUCGGUUCCGUAUUUACACGCCCACCCUCCACCCUCCCUUGUGGCGGCAGGACAGCUGGGGCGCCCUGCCCGGCCCCACACGGACUUUCCCCGCGGGCGGCCCUCGCGGGAGCCGGGCCCGGGCUCUCCGCGCGCCUUCCCCCCCCCCCCGCUGCCGCACGCACCUGCCCCCCGCAGCCGGCCGGUCUCCUCCCUCGCAGCGCGAGGAGGCUCUCUGCCCCCUUCCUUCCUCCGCGCGCGGGCAACGGGCGCGGCCGAGGAGCUCCUCUUCCCUCGGCCAGGGCGCGGGGCGGCCGGCGAGCGGGCGGGUGUCUGCCCGCCCCUCCUCCGUGAAAACCCCCCGCGCGGGGUCUCUUCGGCCGCCGCCGCUGGCCACAGGGGAUCGCCCUGACCCGGCGUCUCCUCCUGCCUGACCUCCCCCGCCGCCCCCUCGGGUCCCUGCGCCCCCUUCCUCGCCGCGGGAUGUUCUCCAGAAAGAGCCACGCGGAUGUCAAGAAGUCCACGCAGAAAGCGCUGGACCCUAAGAAGGACGUGCUGACCCGCCUCAAGCACCUCAGGGCGCUCCUCGAUAUUGUGGAUGGAAGUGACCUGAAGCAAUUUUUUGAGAACAAUUAUUCUCAAAUUUAUUUUAUCUUCUAUGAAAACUUCAUAACACUGGAAAAUAGCUUGAAACAAAAAGGAAGUAAAUCACAAAGGGAGGAGCUGGACUCCAUUCUCUUUCUUUUUGAAAAAAUAUUGCAGCUGCUACCUGAGAGGAUUUUUUAUCGAUGGCAUUUUCGCAGUAUAGGGUCCAUUUUGAAGAAACUUUUGCACACUGGAAACUCUAUCAAGAUAAGAUGUGAAGGAAUCAGACUGUUUCUUCUUUGGCUUCAAGCACUUCAGACUAACUGUGCAGAAGAGCAAAUAUUAAUAUUUUCAUGCCUUGUGCCUGGUUUUCCACCAAUUAUGUCCUCAAGGGGUCCGUGUACACUAGAUAACAUCAUUAGUCCUCCUUCUAAUUCACUAGAUGCUAAGAUUUAUCCUGAAGAGAUAACUCCACUUUUGCCAGCUGUCUCUGGAGAAAAAAUUGCUGAAGACCAAACCUGCUAUUUUCUUCAGUUACUGUUAAAAUACAUAGUAAUUCAGGCAGCAAGCUUGGAGUGGAAGAAUAAGGAGAACCAAGACACUGGUUUUAAGUUUCUCUUUACCUUGUUUAGAAAGUACUAUCUUCCCCACUUGUUUCCAUCUUUUACAAAGCUAACCAACCUGUACAAACCUGUUCUUGAUAUUCCUGAUGUAAGACCAAGACCAGUAUACAUUUCUGCAACGCGAAACAAUGAAAAUGUCUAUAGCACAAAAGUUCCAUAUAUGGCAGCUCAAGUUGUUUUUAUUAAGUGGCUUGUUACCUUCUUUCUUGAAAAGAAGUAUUUAACUGCUGUUCAGCAUACAAAAAAUGGAGGAGAAAUGAUCCCUAAAAUUAUUCAGACUGUUGGUGUUGUAAACCAAGAUAAAAACCCAGAGCUGGAAACCAGUAUGCCUUAUGCAAGCGAGCAAGAGAGAAACCAUUCUAAUAGCAGCACCUUGUCUGACCGAAGACUCAGUAACUCCAGCCUUUGCAGCAUUGAAGAACAGCACCGAACAGUGUAUGAGAUGGUGCAGAGAAUCCUCUUAUCCACUCGAGGCUAUGUCAACUUUGUUAAUGAAGUCUUUCGCCAGGCUUUUUUGUUGCCGCCUUCUGAUAUAUCUGCAACACGAAAAGUGGUUAAGGUAUAUCGAAAAUGGAUAUUGCAAGAGAAACCUGUGUUCAUGGAGGAGCCAGACAAAAAGGAAAAUGAUCAGGAUGAUGUUACCAACUUGGAGGAUUCAUCAGUGCAAACAGAUAGUAAACAUCUUGCCUCUGACCAUUCAGGCCAUAAACGAUCAUCCAGCUGGGGAAGAACAUACUCCUUCACUAGUGCUGUUAACAGAGGAUGUAUAUUAGAAGACGAAGACAAAAAUGUUAAAGCUGGUGCUCAAGCUGCAUUACAGGUAUUCUUAACAAACUCUGCGAAUGUUUUCUUAUUGGAACCAUGCGCUGAAGUCCCUGCACUUCUGAAGGAGCAAGUUGAUGCUUGCAAAGAAGUUUUGAGUAUUUUUAGGCGCAUGAUAAUGGAAAUAUCAAUGAAUAAAAGGACAUGGGAACAGAUGUUACAGAUACUCCUCAGAAUAACAGAAGCUGUGAUGCAGAAGCCAAAGGAGAACCAAAUAAAGGAUACGUUUGCUCAAAGUAUGUCAGGAUUACUUUUCCGAACUCUUAUUGUAGCUUGGAUCAGAGCAAAUCUGAGCGUUUAUAUUUCCCGAGAGCUCUGGGAUGAAUUGCUUAGUGUUCUGUCCUGCCUCACCAACUGGGAGGAGCUGAUAAACGAAUGGGCCAAUAUUAUGGAUUCUCUAACAGCAGUGUUAGCAAGAACGGUGUAUGGAGUUGAAAUGACCAACUUACCCUUGGAUAAGCUGAGUGAACAAAAAGAAAAAAAGCAGAGAGGAAAAGGUGGAAUUUUAGAGCCUCAAAAGACAGCUGUAGUGGGAAGAUCUUUUUCAUUAAGCUGGAAAAGUCACCCUGAAGUUGUGGAGCCAAUGAGAUUCAGAAGUGCUACCACCUCUGGAGCACCAGGAGUUGAGAAAGCAAGAAAUAUGGUUCGUCAAAGGGCAACAGCUAAGCGAAGCCAGUCUAUCAGCAACUGUGCUCAUCUUUAUGAGGCUUUGCCAGCUACUAAAAGUGUACCUCUUCUGCUUCACACUGUGAGCUCUCUCUUACCUGGUAUCUCUUACACUUCUUGUUCUCACAGACUGUCAGAAGUUGAAGAAUCUCAGCAGUCGGAAGCAUCAACAGGAGCAGAAGCUACUGGCCUGUUUGCAGACCAGGAGCAACAACUAACUCGAAGUAGUAGCACUUCAGAUAUUACAGAUCAAUUUACACCUGAUUUUUUUCAAGGUAAAAAGGCUGGGAGUUCUCAGAAUUUAACUUCUUCAGACUCCAAACCAAUACAGGAAAAUAAGGGAUGUACAAAAAAGGAAUAUGAAGCUGAGCAUGUCCUAGUACGAAGGAGCAGCAGUCCAGCUGAAUUAGAUUUGAAAGCAGACUUGCAGCAAUCACAGGGAAAUCACCAAGAGAGAGAAAAGAGUGAAAGUGUUAGUAGUGACACAUCCAUUGGCUAUAAUAAUGAAGUGGAGAUUGCACUUAUCCACUGGCAAACUUCUGAAGAUGACCAUGAAGUUAAUGCAUCAGCAGAUGUUUGUGUUGAUCCUGAAGCACCUCGCUGGCUUCAGCUUAGUCCUUCGGAUGCUACAAAUUUAACAGAUAGCAGUGAAUUCCUUGCUGAUGACUGUAGUAUAAUUGCUGGUGGAAGCCUUAUAGGUUGGCAUCCUGAUUCUGCUGCUGUAUUAUGGAGAAGGAUCUUGGGAAUUCUUGGUGAUGUGAACAAUAUACAGUCACCUAAAAUCCAUGCAAAAGUUUUUGAGUAUCUCUAUGAGCUGUGGUAUAAACUUGCAAAGAUAAGAGACAACCUUGCUAUAAGUUUGGACAAUCAGUCUACUCCCUCUCCUCCUGUUCUAAUUCCUCCUGUCAGAAUAUUUGCAUCAUGGUUAUUCAAGGCAACCACCCUGCCAAAUGAAUAUAAGGAAGGCAAACUUCAGGCGUACAGGCUGAUCUGUGCUAUGAUGACUAGACGUCAGGAUGUUCUUCCAAAUUCAGAUUUCUUAGUUCAUUUUUAUUUUGUGAUGCACCUUGGCUUAACAAGUGAAGACCAGGAUAUCUUAAAUACUGUCAUAAAGCAUUGCCCACCUUGGUUUUUCUUCUUGGGCUUACCUGGCUUUACAAUGCUGAUAGGAGACUUCAUUACAGCUGCAGCCAGAAUUCUUAGUACAGACAUGCUGGAGGCCCCCCGUUCAGAAGCUCAUACCAUCCUUGGUUCUCUUGUUUGCUUUCCAAAUAUUUACCAAGAAAUCCCACUAUUGCAGCCCAUUUCAGAAGCUGGCGAGAUCAUCGCAGGAACUGCAGAUGUAAAAUGUUACCUCAUAAAUAUUUUAUUGAAGAAUGCUACAGAGGAGCCAAAUGAAGCUGCAAGGUGCAUAGCCAUUUGUGGCCUUGGAGUUUGGAUAUGUGAAGAACUAACACAGUGUACAAACCAUCCUCAAGUGAAGGAAGCAAUAAAUGUCAUAGGUGUGACACUAAAGUUUUUUAAUAAACUGGUAGCUCAGGUAGCCUGUGAUGUUCUUCAGUUGCUAGUUUCUUAUUGGGAAAAGCUUCAGAAGUAUGAGUCCUCUUUACCCAGGAAGAUUACUGAAAUACUUGUGGCCACUAUUGCAUUUCUUUUGCCAAGUGCUGAAUAUUCCUCUGUGGAAGCAGAUAAAAAGUUUAUAGUUUCAUUGUUACUUUGCUUGUUGGAUUGGUGUAUGGCAUUACCAAUGAAAGUGUUACUAGAGCCAGUGUCUGCUGGUGUUCUUGAAGACCAACAUACCUCCAAAGCUCCUUUACUGGACUAUAUUUACAGAGUUUUGCACUGUUGUGUUAAUGGUUCCAGUACCUAUACUCAGCAAAGCCAUUAUGUACUGAGUCUUGCUGAUCUCUCAUCUAGUGAUUAUGAUCCCUUUUUGCCACUGGGGAAUGUCAGGAAUUCAGAGCCCGCCCAGUGCCAUUCUUCCACAGAUUUGGGCAACCUACUCACUGUUGCUGAGGAAAAAAGAAGAAGAAGCUUAGAACUAAUACCUUUAACUGCACGGAUGGUUAUGACACAUCUCGUAAACCACUUAAGCCACUAUCCCCUCAGUGGAGGUCCUGCAGUUCUUCACAGUCUUCUUAGUGAGAAUCAUGACAAUUCUUAUGUGGAAUCUUCUGAGCUGUCUCCAGAAGUCUUCAGAAGUCCAAACCUGCAAUUAUUUGUGUUUAAUGACAGUACUCUUCUAUCUUACCUUCAAAUUCCUGCAGAAAAUAAAGCAGAUACUGAGCCAGCAGUAGCCCCCUCAGAUGUAAGAGUAAUUGUCAGAGAUAUCUCAGGGAAAUAUUCUUGGGAUGGAAGAAUAUUAUAUGGACCUUUGGAGGGCUGUCUUCCCCGGCAAAGUGGAAUGAACUCGCUUGUGAUUGCAGGCCAUCCUGAGCACCAAUUUAAUUCUCAGAAAGAUGUUUCUCAAGUGGAAGAAGGAGAAGAUGCUCUUGACAGAUUGCUGGAAAAAAUUGGUAACUCUAGUCCUGAAUGCCUUUUACAUCCCCAGCGAAAGCUAAAUGAGCCAUCGCCACCACCGUUUGGUAUGAGCUACGAUCAAGAAAAUGAAAUCAUUGAAGCCCUCAUAAGGCAGAGUGCCCAGGAAAAAGAGUAUAUAUUUAAAUGCAGUUCUGACUUUGGUAUGAAGGUAGCCCAUCAAGAACAACCAUGCCCUGCUGAACCACAAGCAUCAUUUUAUUUUUGUAGGCUGUUGCUAAAUGACUUGGGAAUGAAUUCCUGGGAUAGAAGAAAAAGUUUUCAUCUUCUUAAGAAAAAUUCCAAAUUACUGAGAGAAUUGAAAAAUCUGGAUUCUCGUCAGUGCCGUGAAACUCACAAGAUUGCAGUGUUUUACAUUGCAGAAGGACAGGAAGACAAGUGUUCCAUACUGUCCAAUGCCAGGGGAAGCCAGGCCUAUGAAGAUUUUGUUGCUGGACUGGGCUGGGAGGUUGAUCUUUCAACACAUGGUGGCUUUAUGGGCGGCCUGCAACGUAAUGGCAGCACAGGACAAACAGCACCAUAUUAUGCUACCUCUACUGUGGAAGUCAUUUUUCAUGUGUCUACAAGAAUGCCAUCAGAUUCAGAUGAUUCACUGACCAAAAAGCUUCGUCACUUGGGAAAUGAUGAGGUUCACAUCGUCUGGUCGGAGCACACCAGGAACUACCGCAGGGGCAUUAUACCAACAGAUUUUGGAGAUGUUUUAAUCGUUAUUUAUCCAAUGAAGAAUCACAUGUUUUUCAUAGAGAUAAUGAAAAAAACAGAGGUGCCAUUUUUUGGUCCUCUCUUUGAUGGAGCAAUAGUGACUGCAAAGCUGCUGCCAAGCCUUGUAUGUGCCACGUGCAUCAAUGCCAGCAGAGCCGUGAAGUCCCUCAUCCCACUCUACCAGAGCUUUUAUGAGGAAAGAGCUCUGUAUCUUGAAGCAAUAAUCCAGAAUCAUAAAGAAGUGAUGACAUUUGAAGAUUUUGCAGCUCAGGUCUUUUCUCCCUCUCCUAGCUACUCCCUCAGUGGAACUGGAAAAAAAGAGGUGAUGCUGGAAUUGUCUGGCAGUUGUUACAGAUCAAGACUGGUGAACUCUGUUACAGAACCACGUGUAGUGCUUUCCUGAAACAUGUAUGAACCACUGCAAAUUCUUCAUUUUCCAGGAAAAGUGUUACCUUUCAAAUGUGGGAGAAAACACAAGAAGUUACAUAAUUAGCAUAAGCUUGUUACGACGUCUGAAUCAACUCAGCCAGUCUUCCUCCUUGUGUAGGGCCAGAGAGAAAGACAAUUUAUACAAAUGCUUGAAACCUUGGCACUGUUGAGGAUGUUCAGGCAGUAAGUAAAGAGGGAAAAGCCUAAGAAGGUGGAAAAAAGGAGUAGGAAGAGUGUUAUCAAAGGAGAAAGGACUGAAAGUUUUCUCUCUUUUUUAUUCCCUGUGAAGAAUGUUCAGCAGAGGUGCAGGGACCUGGAUUGCUCCUCCUCUUUGCUUAGUGGGGUAGUUCUUAAAAUUAGUAUUCAAACUAUAGCAGCUUUCACUCUUCAGUUAGCUGCCUCCCUCAGCCAGCUAGCGUGACUUUCGAAAGGAUCAGGCACUCCAGGACCUCCCUCUCAGCUGACUCAAGAUGACUGCAGCUUCUCCAGGAGAUGCAGGAGCUACUCCUUUCCGGGAUAGUCGUGCUUAUUGACCCUAAUGAUCUCUACAUGGCUUUUCUACCGGUAGGCCUCUUGCACUUCAUGAAUAGAGCUAUCAGCUGUUUGGACUUUCUUGCCACUGCAGGGAACACCGUAAGAAAUGCACAAGGCCCUGUUUUCUGCCAAGCUGAAGUGAAAACUAUUCUGGGGCAAUUUUCAGCAUCUGUGGUGUUAUAUGCAUGCAAGUCCAAACUCAUACUGAUCUGCAGAAAUGGCAGUUUAGUAACUAUCUCCAUCCCUGCCAGUCCUGAAGCCCUUGGUUCAGAAAUGUGAAGAUACCCUGUCAAUAGUUUCACGGCAGCUAUCAACCCAUCUAUUACAACUUGUAAGAAUAUGGAAACAGAUAAAAGAAUGCUAACUGGAGCAAUUACGUAACGGGCUUACAGGUGCUGUUGUUCAGCACUGGUAAUUCUGUAUCCUGAUUUUCACCUUUCUGCUUUCUGUUCAUCGAAUUCAUCAAAUAUGAGAAGUAUCCAGGAGUAUUUCCUAAAGAUUUGCAGGGACCUUUUUAGGCAGUUGUGCCACUUCAGGCUGGAGUGAUGCUUGGGCAAAAGGCUGAAACAUGGAAAGUGUGCAGAAAGUCUUCCUUGGAUCUUGGGGUAAAUUCAUUGAGGCUCUGUUGUAUCUCGCCAUUGCAAAGAGGCUGACUCCAGCACUGCUAGACACAUGGUGGGGCUUUUGUAGUAGGUUUUCUUGGGUCAACGUCUCAGUUGUCUUAUGAGCUCUGAACCUCUCUCUUCAAGCAUCUGCUUUUUUGGGGUGGUGAAGGGCCGUAGUAAAAUGACCUCACUAUGGUGGAUGUUUCCUUUGCAGGAAGAAUAGGUGAGCCAGGAACCUGCUCCUGUCAUGACAGUUGCCUUUCUUAAUUUCCUCUUGCAUUUUUUUUAACUCGUUUUCCAUCUGUAUAUCUGGAAUUAAUGGUGAGGCCCACAGGCACCAGAACAUUGAUCUUCAUUUGAGUAGGCAUCCCCAGAUGUUGGGAUCUUGAAAUUUUACUUCCAAUAAAUUACAGUCUUAGACUUUUUGUUUCCUGAUCUGAAGUAGACCAUUUCCUGUUUGGCUACUGCAAAAUGUAUUUGUGUAUGCACUGAAGAAACACUGUAAAAGUCUCCUGAGCCCGUAGAUGCUGAAGCUCAUUUCUCCCUGAACAGCAAGAGAAUUUUUUUAGACCUGUUGAGGGACCUCUUGUCAUUCCAGCUGUGCUUCAGCAUAUCCUUAUCACGUGAAAGGUAGAGCUCCCUCUGAUGCAGCUUUCAGGCAUAUGAACUUAAGAGUCAUCAUUCAAGAAAUAGUUAGUUCCCUAUGCAAAUCUUUCGGUACCCACAGUUUGAUUAGUAGCAAGCCUAGCCUGACUGCUGAAGUCAGAGCCCAAUGAGUAGAUCAGUUUUUUGUUUCGUUUUGUUUCUUUCUUGUUUGGGAAAUGGUCGUUUGGCCUAUGGUAAUAGCUGGUUGAUAGUAGAGAAUGAAAAGGUGCCAAAUGAAAUUUUCAAUUGAAUCAAGCACAAUUACCUGAUUUAAUGAGGGAGGAAAGUCAGGAGGAUCUGCAGAAACCCAAAAUUUACCCUCUCUCCCCAGAGAUGCCUUUCAGAUAGACACAUGAAAUAAAUCUAUUUCACAUUUUCCAUUCUUUCCUUCCUUCCCAUUUAUGAAACCAGCACAAACAUAUCCAAGUAACAUGACACAGUGAUUUUGAUCCACCUUCUGGAUCUUCUCAUGGCAAAACAAAGAAAUCACAAUAAUUUUUAUGACAGCAGAUUGAUACUAUAAAGAAAAUUAUAAUUUUGCUGAAGAAUCAAAUAAUAACUGAAUGGAAAUGUAGCCCCUCUCGCACCGAAGCAUGCCUUACAGUUACAGAGACAACACUAAAGCUCAAAACCACUAUUUUUCCACUUCCAGAUUCAGUCACUCAGUGAAAAUCUUUUCCAGGUUGUGAUGUCUUCCAUAAUUCAUUAAUCUGUUCAUGCCGUCAGUAGUCUGAAGAGUUUAAGCACUCUGCAGAUGAAAGUCAUGUACAAGGGAAUGCAAAAGGAAAGCUCUUGCACCCGAAACAUGCUGUGCUACUGAUUCUGUGGCUUGAUCGUGCCCUUAAUGUUUUUGAAGAAUUCAAUAUUGUAUAUGUUGACAAUACCAUAUUUUGCAUUUUUUUCAUGAAAGAGAAAUACUGUAUUUAAUUAGUAAAAUUCUUAGGUUCCUUGUGAGGGUCAGAAAAUGUUCUGUUACUAAAUAAGACACAGUCAUAGAUAAAUACCACAAACCAACUCCUUCGAUGGCAUCUCCUCUGCCUUGAGUGGUGGUGAUGUAAAUUUACGCCAAGGGACGACCUGGCCUCAUUUGGAGGUGGAGGAGUCUGUACAAAGCCGUAAGGCCUGAGAUGAGGGUUUACUCCGGGUAGGCAGGAGGCGAGAGCCGUUGUGCAGAGAGGCCAGUCUGCUACCCAGGGGUGCGAAGAGCACUGCGUGGCUGGAAGCUGCAAGACUACUUGGGGAGAUCAGGGCAGUUCUUCUUUUUGCCCACGGCAUAGGAUUGUGUACAGUUUGUAUCUGUCCCGCAGGGCUGCGUAGGUGCUGGGGUUGCUUCUCCCCCACGGCUGGCUUAACCUCAGAUCUGUGGCUCUGGUGGAGAGAGUGUGAGCACAUCAAUGGGGCUUUCAGCCUGGGCCCUUCUUUAAUUGAUUGUCUCUGAGGGAGUUCUCCUAGCUGUGAUCUCUGGAAGGGGAAAUGGCAGGGGAGGGCUUCAUCCCUAGCAAUCAACGUUUGUAUGGGAAAAAAUAUUAACUUGAUGGGCCUCUCUCUUCUGCUGGCCUGACAGCUCCAGCUGCUAGAGCUGUCAGCUAGCAAGAGAGCUCCAGGCAAUGUGGCCCCAUUACGUUUUUUUCUUAACUGACAAAUGUCAGCUAGCCAGCCAGCCACGGAGGAGAUAGCCCAUGUAGUGUUGUCAUUUCCAUUCACAGGCUCCAGCCUAGGAAGCAGCGAGGUUUGGGUGGCAUUUUAAGACUGCAUUGCGUGUUAGAUGGCUUUAUUCAAAGGAGAAUGACCGUUCAGACUUACUAAGGUCCCUCUGAUUUGCAAACCAGUGCACAACUAAUUUAGAGCUACUCAAAGUCAUGACUAAUUAAAGCUUUGAUGGCUACAUCUAGUUUUUAUUUUAAAAUCUCUAAAAUAAAUACCAAGGCCCUGUACCUAAUGGUGCCAAGCAUUCAUUGCCUGUGCUGGGAGCUGUGAGUGCUUAUCUGCUGUUUCAGGGUUGUUUCAACACUUGAUUAACCUAUAGUUUCAGACUCUUCUUACUGCUUAAGUUGUAUCUUUUCAAACUGUUACUUAAUUUUUUUCAUAAGCAAGGACCUGUGGAGCAAACCUCUUCAUCUGCCCAUGUUUAGACUGUACUGCAAUGUCUCGUUAAGGGUCUGGUCUAGUCUGAGGAAGCAGCUACAAUAACUAUGAUUGGCUUUGGCGGGCCCCACAGACGAAGCCUGAGCUGUGUCGUGCUCGACCCCCGAGUAUAGGCAGGGCUGCGCUGUCCUUUCGUGUUAGCGUCCUCCAUAGACUCUCCCAUAGGGUAGCUUUCAUGCUCUUUUGGCCGUGCUAAACUGGCUGCGCAGCAGCUGUUAAAGGUUUGGGGUAGUGAACUCAUAUCGUUCGUUCUUAGGCUUCGUUUUCAUGGAUUUCAGGGUAGGUCAUGUUAAUUCAGAUAAUAAAGAUAUAACUGACAAGUUCAGUAUGAUAUAUCAUUGCCGAGCUACCAGCCUUUGGGUUAGUACUAUCCAGGCCACCCACCCAUUUUCCACCAAAGGAUCCAAUCUCGGUCACUGCUGAGGUUGAACCACAUGUCCUUUGGUUUUUGCUCAAAAGUGCAAGAUAAAUGAAAGAUCUAAAUGUAGAUUUUAAACAGCUGUUACUCAUAAACAUUAUGAAAUCUUUUAUCAGAUUAUAGUAAACAAGACAAAUGACCAAAGGAGCAUAUGGUACAAAUGUAAUUCCAAUUAUUUGAUCCCCUACAUUCUUAAUGUAUGGUUUGCUACUGUACUGUGACAAUUUAUGAUCACUGGCAUUUAAACAUGUUUGGUUUUGGUUGCACACAGCCACAGCUGUCUUAUUUAUUGAUGAUUUCUUCAAAAUAUGUUCACUUGAACAUACAGGCUCAAGAUGUCUAAUUAUACUAUAUUUUCAACCAAUUUCGAUUUUAAAGUAGAACAUAUCAAAAUGCUAAGUUAACAUGGAUGCUAAAGGAGAAGGAAAAUGUCGUAGCAGUGCUGUGGGGUGCUGCUUUUCCAUGGCAUGCUAAGAAGGUGGAUGGCGAUAGCCAAUUCAAGGAAUUUAUAAGGAUUUUCUCUUGUCCGUCUAACUCUAGUUAUAAACACUUGGGUCUGGAGCAGUGUCCGGCUUCAGAGAAAGCUAGAAGAAUAAUGCAAUAGAGAUCGUGUCAAAAAAUGAAACUAAUUUCCUGACACUCCAGUAGCUUCUCAAACCUGUGUACCAACAUGAUUAAAGAUUCUAAGUUUUUUUGUACUUGCGCAUUGGCAGCCACAGAAGAAUUAGCAGUAGUCCACUGGUUAGUCUAAUAAUACAUUUUUAGUGGAAAAUCUCCACAGCAAUGAGCAACUUUUCCCCUGAAAUUUUCAGUAGCUUUAUAAUACACAAGUUUUAUCUUUUUUUGUUUUUGUUCUUAAAAACAAACUUCAGCAGUUUUGCAGCAUAUCAAUAAGAAUCUCAUAUCUUAAAAUGAAGACCGCUGCAAGCACUGCGAUCUCCUUUGCUGUAUGCCUUUGGGAAAGAACUAAACUCCUUCUGCUGGAGCGUCAGGACUGUCAGCAUCCGAGCCGGACGUUAGCAGGCUGAAAAUAGGAAGUUCUAGCAAAGAAUUUAAAAACAUGUAAAAGCUGCACCACCGGUAGGGAGGAGGUCAAUGAAGCAAGAUACCUGAAAAGAUAAUCUCUGAUGUGCUCAGAAGUAGAAAAGGAUGACAUACUGUGGAAAACAUACAGUACGGCUUGUUUUCUUGCAAGUGUCCAAACGGUGGCUACCUACAUAGCCCAUAGCGGAGUUUGUUGAGAUUCGUAAUGCAAGUCAUUUCCUUUGGUUUAAUCAGAUCUUUUUUCCUCUGCUUUUAUUAGACACCUUAAGUGUGAACUUGUUUUGAAUUAGAUAUUUUGUUGCAUCUUUGAAAGGAAACAGUCUGGUAGUCUUAUGUGAGGAGACAGAGAAGAAUACUUCAAGAACUUGUGAAAUAGCCUUUAAAGAAGUGUCAUCGGAGUAAUGAAGACAGGAUGCAGCUAAAGCAGGCUGGCAUACUGGUGGCAAGUCUGGGAAGUUGUUGUUUUAUCUCCAUCUUACUAAGCAUAGAUAACAACGCAGCAAGAUCUUGGAGUCUGGGGAUAACACCGAGGUUGUGAGCUUUGACAGACAGACAAGCUCUGGUUAAUCUUGCUGUGCUGAUUUACAACGUUACACGCUCCUAGCUGUCCCUUUUCCCCUGCUGGAGGGUCUAGUUUUCAUAACAGAAUCAGCAGAAGAUGGUUCAUAUGGCAGCAUAUUAGCUGAAAUCCCUCACCACAUCUGAAAGAGAGCAGUGUUGAAAUAACACCCAGCAAGGCCAGUCACCAUGCAAAAAUUAGGAGUUUGGUUUGAAAAUCAUGAUGUAUUUUAAAAUAAAAAUUUGCUUUGU